CAUAAAACAAGCCGCUUUUGACCAACAGUAACAUAUCAACUUUCAUCCAUGCGAUAACAAGUUCCAAGCUUGUUAUAUGUCCCAUUUGCCGGCACCAUGAAACCCUCAUUUGAUGUCCUCGACAAGGAAGAGAGGCAGUCACAGCAGGUAGCCAGACAAAGGGGCUUUCUUCCAAGGCUUCGAGCUGUGGUCGUCUUGCUGGCUGUGGUCUAUGCAGUCUACUGCUACCUCUUCUCAAAGCCUCUUCUUGCCCAUCCCCUGCCGAAACACACGGGGCCGUAUGCCGUUGGAACUAUUGACAUCGAAGCCCCAGUCUCACCCCCGCGGUCCAUCCAUGAAGCUCGGUUCAAGGGAACGAAUGAGAAGGCAUUCGAACUAGAGACUGUGUUAUUCUCGCUGUACUACCCUACCGACCAUGAUACCGCUGUGGCAGCGUCUGGUCAAACAAAGCGCCAUACGUGGGUUCCGCAACCCUUAUCCCUUCGAGCUCAGGGGUAUGCCAGAGCAGCCCAUAUCAGCAACUGGUUUACGGAUAAGCUCUUCACCACUGCCAUCGAUGCAUUGGUCGGCGGUAUCACCAUCCCGGCUGCCGUUGAUGCACCCCUGAGUGAUUAUGCCACGCCGUCGUCCCAAGAGAAACGCACAAACAAGGAAAAGCAACCACAUACCCAACCAAGCGAGGACGGCCCGGUCGGGGGUUACCCCGUCAUCAUCUUCUCGCACGGCACCGUAUCCGCCAGGACCGAUUAUUCCCACUUCGCCGGCGAGCUCGCAGCACGCGGCCACAUCGUCGCCAUGCUCGAGCACCGCGACGGCUCCUCCCCAGGCACCAUCAUCCAACAGCCCAACCAACCCAACCGCACCCGCCUCCUCUUCGACGUCUCGGCAGUCGAAACCCCCGACCACAGCCUCUCCCUCACCGAAGCCGAAUUCCACCACGCCCAGCUCUCCUUCCGCGAAGCCGAAAUCGAAGCAGCCGUCCACAUCCUCAAAGCCAUCAACGCCGGGCACGGCAGCCAAAUCGCCUCCCAAAACCCCCACCACCACGAAGGCCGCCACACCCUGCCCCACUGGACCGGCCGCCUCAACACGCACGCCAUGACCGUCGCGGGCCACAGCUACGGUGCUACCGGCGCACUACAGGCCUUGCGCGGCGGGCCGACGCAGGCCCGCCCCUUCCGCGCCGCCGUCGCGCUCGACCCGGGCAAGCAGAGCGGCCCGCUCAAUGAGGACGUGCGCGUGCCGCUGCUCGUCGUGCACAGCAAUUCGUGGAGUAGUAAGAGGAGUGUCUUUUAUGGGGGGCGUGCGCAUUUUGAUGUGGUGAAAGGGAUUGUGGAGGGGAAUAAUAAGCGGGGGAACCCGAGUUGGUUUAUGACGUCCAUUGGGACCUCGCAUCCGUCGGUGACGGACGCGCCGUUGUUGGAGCCGUGGUUGUUGAGCUUUACGACGGGGGCGACGAUUGAUGUGUAUGAGGGCUUGAGGCAGUAUGUGCAUGUGGUGGAGGACUUUUUGGCGUUUCUGGCGGGUGGGGAGGUGCGUGGGUUGAUGGCGGAGAAGGCCGAGUUUCCGCAGUAUGAUGAGGGUGCGGUGUUGGGGAUGGGCAAGCCGGGGCAGGGCGGGAGGGAUGGGAUGGUGGAGGAUUUGAAGAAGGGCGAGUGGGCGGACUGGAGGCGGUACUGGCAGAUUCAUGUUUCGCCGGCUGGGAAUGUAUAAAGGGGGUUGGAUGGGGUAGGUAGGCUCGAAGGGAAAGGUGAUAUGUACGACUAGGCAGGCAUUGUGAUUUA